AUGAAUCCAGGAAGGAGAUUUUUUGCAUGCCCUAUGAAUGAUUCCGUUUGUGGGUUUAUCGGUUGGCUUGAUCCCCUAAUGUGUGCUAGGUCUAAAGCCAUCAUACCUGGUCUGCUAAGAAAUUUGAAUUCAGUGCAGGAACGAUGCAAUGAGUUGGUUACAAGUAUGAACAUGCUACAAGAUCAAUGCAAUGAACUGAUAUGCAGGAACAACAUGUUGGUGGCAAAUUGCAAAGCAUUGAAGGAUGGCAAUUUGAAGCUGAAAAUCUGUCUCUCCUACUGUUGGGGUCGUAAACCACCCACCAUUACUGCUGAGGGAGCUGAUGAUGACGCCGAGGACCACCAGCAGGUCCGCUCCUCGGCUGCUGUUGCUAUUGUUCGAGCAGCCUUUGACGAGGGGGGAGUUCUGUCGUCACUGGCCGCUGCUAGCCGCCGCCUACCGCCACGGAGUGGUUGUGUGGGGUGCGUGGUUCAUUUUAGACCAACAUUUGGUUGCGUGCUUCAGUAG